AUGGCUUUUGAUCCAAACAAGCCACAGAGCAAAGAUUACGUGCGCGUCAAGGUGAAUUUUGAUGUUUCGAGACCUGUGCGCAGAUCAAAGGAAGUGAUCCUUCCAACUGGGGAGACUACGACAAUUUGGUACGACUUCGAGCGAAUCCAGAAAAGAUGUUAUAAUUGUCAACGUUUAACUCAUGAGAAGGAUAAGUGUCCUAUACUUAUUAAGAUGAGGAAGGAGAAAACAGAGGCGAGAAGAAGGAAUAUUGUUUUAGAAAAAAAGAAGUUGGAGCCAAUCAUUAAGGAAGCUGAUCCCCUCUUUGGUGUACUAACAGAGGAACAAGUGGGUAAUGAUCCCAAUUCAGGAAGACCAAAGAUCCACCCGGAGGUGUUGCAGGAGAUGCGCUUAUACUUGCUGUCAGCUGAGGGGCCAGAAAGGAAGAUCAGAGAGGAGAAAAUAAAGAAGACGUUAAUGGAUCUCAAGCAGGACUCGAGGAACCAGAAUAUGGUGUUAAGACUGGAGCCUGGACCGAUUUUGACUUCGUCUUUGGAUAAGGAAAAAGGGCCUAUUUAUGAAGGUGAAUCAAAGGACAAACUCCCUGAAGACAAUGAGAAAAUCAGUGGUUCAAACAAGGGUAGAUCAGAGGAGAGGGGAGAGAAGUUGAUGUCAUCAGCCAUAAAUGCCGGUUUAGCGAUGAUACGGGGUAAUGUGGCUUUGGCUGUGGCUUCGGAGAGAGCUGCAGGUAGUUUAGAAUCGCAGUCGUCUGGUUUCCAAUCGUGCUCUGGGGGUUUUGAGUUUGGGUCCUCUGAAGGGAGUUCUUCUGAAAAAAGGGUAAGGCGUUACCAACCGAGAAAAAAGAAUGCAGCCCCAAGGAAAAGCUUACAAAGCAGAUCGAAAGCAAAGAUCAAUGAUAUAGCUGAGAAGAAUGGAGAUGUAAGUCUGGGUGUAUCCCCUCAGAAAAGAAAAGCUGAUGGAGUUGAGAAGGUGGUGGCAGAAAGCAGGUCCAAAAUCGCAAGGCGUAACAACUUGGAGGCGGUCUCGAAUGAGGGACUGCCGUCGGCCCAAUGA